AUGAGCCAUCCAACUGAGUCGCAAGCCUCUGGGGAGCCAGUGCGCAAACGCCCUCGUACACGGACUACUUCCCACAGCUCGACGUUGCCCGCGUUCAGCCACGAUGGUGAAUUCUGGUACGACGACGGGAACGUCAUACUCGUCGCGCAGGACGUUGGCUUUCGCGUCUACAAGGGCUGGCUGUCCGCACAGUCGGAGAUUUUCCGCGAUAUGUUCAAUCUCCCGCAGCCUACUCCGAGUACCUCCCAAGACGAUGUGUUCGACGGCUGUCCCAUUGUCCACGUUACGGAUACGGUGGCCGAAAUCCGCUCGCUACUGGCCGUCCUCUUUAGUGGCAGACAGUGCGUAUACAUCCGCCGGGUCGCACUCAAGUUUGACGAUAUCGCAAACUGUGUUCGCCUUGCCCAUAAAUACGGCAUCCAGGAUCUGCUCGAGGACUCCUUGGAGGAGUUAAAACGCUACUUCCCUGAGAGCUUCGACGCAUGGGACUGUCGGCUGAAAUGCAACGACCCAGCGGAUGCGAUCGUGGCAGUGAACCUCGCGCGCCUCACUAACACUGAGUCCAUCCUUCCUGCCGCGUUGUACAGCUGUUGUCAAUUAGAUGGUGACGACAUCCUGGAAGGGCGGGUACGCGGAGACGGCGUCAUCGAGACACUCAGCUCGGAGGACCUCGCACGCUGCUUCGAUGGGAAAGCAAAGCUGUGCACUCGACAUAUGCGACAUUCUUUCGAGAGCAUCGGAGCCCUCGAUAAUCCACAUUGCAAGAUGGCUGACGAUCACUGUAGGGUGGCUAUACUCAAAUUACAGUCGUUUAUACUUCGAACGUCACUUGAGUGUGGCGAUGCCGAUGUGCUCGGUCCAUGGGACGGAUUCAUCAAGGCACAGGACCCCAAGGUGAAACCUAGACCUGCCUGGCCCAUUUGCUCGUCUUGUAUCACGGCCCUGCGCAAACGGGAGAAGAUCGCACGCAUUAAAGUAUGGUCGGAACUUCCGGAGCUGCUCGACCUAGAUGAGGACGAUGAGGAAGAGGGAAGCGGUGCGGAGGAGGAAGGGAAUGAAGGCGAGGAAAAUUGAAACAGCAGCUCAUCGGCGACGAG